AUGGUGGUGGAGGCUGAUACGAGUCAGGCGGUGAAGAGGUUUUUGGACAGGCACGUGUAUGCAGCCAAUGUGCUGGAGACGGCAGCGUACGCGGUGGACACUCGCGGUACAGAGGGAUCACAAGGGAUCAGCAGCUCCCAAUCAGUGAAAGCAGUUUCAAACCAGGAAGUGGCAGGAAUUAAAAUGGCUUCUAAACAGCAGGUCGAGAGUUGGACGGAGGAGACACUUUGUCCCAUCUGCCUGGAUUUCUUCACCGAUCCGGUGUCACUGGAGUGUGGGCACAACUUCUGCCGCUCCUGUAUCACACAGAGUUGGGACAGGGAGGAGAGAAACUCCUGCCCGGAAUGUAGAGACGAGUUUACAGACCGCACCCUCAGGGUUAAUCGGGCCUUGGCGAGACUGUCUGAGAAAGCUCGAACAAUGAGCCUGAAUACGGAAGAGAAGGAAAGUAAACAUCACUGCGACAAACAUCAGGAAGAACUGAAGCUGUUUUGUGAAACGGACAAGAAACUGAUCUGUGUGAUUUGUGCAGCUGGGCGGGAACACAAGUCUCACAGCUUCAUGCCGGUCGAUGAAGCUGUUGAAACCUACAAGGAUCAGGUUAAAUCAUCCAUACAAUCACUGACAACAAAUAAAUCAGCCAUCCAGGAAAUGGAAGAGCAACAGAAGCAGAAGAUUUCCCAAGUCCGGGAGCAGUCACAAAGCCUCAAGUCUCACGUCACAUCUCAGUUUGUUGAACUGCACCAGAUUCUCGUGAAGAAAGAGCAGCGCAUUCUCGGAGAGAUCAAGGAGGAUGAGGAGAAGAUUCUAAGUCAAAUGGAGAAAAAUCUUCAAGCCAUUCAAGAGAAUUUAAACUCUAUUGAGGAGGAACUCUCAAAUCUGCAGGGGCGAAUGGAUCAAACAGACAUCGUGUUAUUUCUGAAGGAGGAAGCUGGUCGCAAGAGCAGAAUUAGUGAUGAGUCCCGGACAUUGUCACUGAGAGAUGGCGCCAUAUUGGAUGAAAGAUUCGAUCACCCCUUCUGGUUGAACACAGUGAUGAGAGAUAUCUUUGUUGCCAAUCACCAAGGUAAACAUAUGGAUUCCUCACUUCUUACAAGUGAAUCUGAAUCUGCAGAGGAACUGCACAGCCGCCUGAUGAAGUGGCGAGAAACGGUUUAUAAGCCAACACCGAGCCAUGACAUCGAUGAGAGGAAUGUCAUGGAAUUAAGGAUGAGGCAACUUGAGGAAGAAAGAGAAGAUUUGAUCUCAGAACUGCAGGAGCUGGAGGAGGAACUGGGGGAACUUCAGAGACGAGGACAGGAUCAAGGAUGGACAAAGCAGACCACAGCUGGCCAAAAGCUUAGGAUGAUUGCAGGGUUGCAACAUCAGGAGCAAGUUGUGGUGUGUGAAGCAGGUCAGCUCAAGCAGACUCUGCAAGAGAAAGAUAAAUAUCUACAACAGCAGGGAGAUGAGCUUGGACAUUUCCAGAAGAAAUCUGAAGAACACCAAGCCCUGGAAAAGCAAUCCAUGCAAAACAUGGAAACCAUUUCCAAACUUCAAAAUCAAAUCCAAGACUUGACCUUGAAAACUCACAAACUGAAGCACACCAUCGAGGAGAGAGACUUGCUGCUGGCCUGUAAAGUGGGAGAUUGUGUCAAACUCAGGACGGCUCAUUCUGAAAUGUACGACACCAUUUCACAACUUUGA